GAGAGGUGGAGACAAAGCAAGAGCCAAACGCACAGCUGACAGAAAGACUGACAAAAUUGGACGGGCAGACAGAAGAUCUCUUCAAGGAAGAUCCGUUUGUAUUUUAUUGCAUCCUUAUUUAGUCAUGGUGAACGCAGGCAGGCUGGUGCUGGUUUUGGGGGUGCUGCUGUGUUUGGGGGCGCGACUCUCCCUGUCCCAGCACUGGUCGCAUGGCUGGUACCCUGGAGGAAAGAGGGAGCUGGACUCCCUCGCCACUGCGGAGGUUUUGGAAGAGAUAAAACUCUGUGAUGGGGGAGAAUGCAGCUACCUGAGACCACAGAGGAAAAGCCUCUUAAAAAACAUUCUGCUGGAUGCCCUCGCCCAGGAGUUCCAGAGGAAGAGGAAGUGACAUCACCCCGCUGUUUUUCCUUCACAUCGCAACUGUAUCC